AUGCCACUUUACUCGAGUUAUGGCUCAUCUUUUGGUGGGAGUUCGAUGUACGGCUACCCAUCGGCAGGAGGCUAUGAUCUCGGUGGUGUUUGGCGCCCACACACGGGUCGUAGUGAAUGGGUAGCAAGCGAUUAUGGUCGAGGCUACCCAGAUGCUUUUGGAGGUUACUCUUAUCCUUAUGAUGGUAUGUAUGGCUCCCCAUACAACCAUGCCUUACACCGCAAUUAUUACCCCUCUCCCGUUGAUUACUAUGGAUCCUAUAACUCACUCGCAAUGUAUGAAGAAAACUUGCGAAUGAUGCAAGGGAUUACUGAAGCAGAGCGAUUAGCCAGGUGGCAUGCUAGAAUCCAAUUCGAGGAACUUUGUGAGGAGGAACGAGCUUUAAGAUACUCCCUAAUGGCUGAUGAGGAGCGUAUGAGACUUGGACUUGGGGGUGAUUCACAUUGGGCUUGCCGCUACGGAGGUGGGGGCUAUAACAUGCCGAUUGCUAGUAGCUAUCCAAGUCGUCUUUCACCUUGGCAUUCCUCCCGUUUACCACUAAGCUCAUCUUUGAGUUCUCGCUAUAGCCCGAUGUAUGGGAGUAGCAUUGGUGGUUAUGGGCUGGGAUUCCCAAGCAGUGCCUAUGGAGGUAGCUUGAGUUGUGGUCCCAUAGGUCGAAGUCACACAAGGCAGCUGCUGAAAGCCGAAGUGGACGAAGCCCGACGAUUAAAACGCCACCAGAUAGAACAUGCCCGACAGGCACGUCGGUUGAUGCUUUCGCAUUGA